AGAAGUAAGGUUAAGUUUAAGGUUUAAGUUUAAGUGAAGAAAUGAAUAACUAUAGAUUCAUAUUGAAGGAAAUUGAAAAGCUCACUCUGAAUAAAACAUUUGUAAGAAAUUACGCUUUCAAAAGUGACUUGAAAAUCAAAUGGGUUCGUCCGGAAGUAAUCCCAUCUUACAAACCAGGCAAGUCCGGAGACCUAGGUGGUGUUCCACCCAUUGAAAAGCAGCAGUUCAUGUUGGAUUUCAAAAACUCUAAAGAGUUACAAACUGCCAACGAAAAUGUGAAAAAAUUGUUCACUCUGGAAUUCGCCCCAAAGAAAUUCACAAACAGAAUAUAUUUCUCUAGUUUGAUUGAACAAGUCAAAAGACACGACUAUGAUGUGGGUUCCAUAGAAGUCAAAAUGGCCAAAUGGACAGGGGUAAUUAGAGCUUUCCAGGAUAUAAUGGAAAGGUUCCCUACUAACAGGAGAUUGAAAGUGAAAUUGAAGGAAUUGAUUGAUAAGAGAAAGAAACAUCUGAAAUACUUGCGCCGGUGGGAUUAUAAAAAAUUCGAAUGGCUUUUGGCAACAUUAAAUCUAGAGUACAAACCUCACCCACCAAAGUACCACAGUAUCACUAGAAAAGAAUCAUUGCAAAAGCUAACUGACAAAUAUUGUGAGGACAUUGUGCAAAGUCGUCUCAAACAAUACCAUUCUCAGUUAGAAAUUGAACAAAUUGCAUUCCUAGAAGAAAAAAUAAGAACCCUAGCAUUCAUCAGAGAUGAAGAGAAACAUUGUGGAGUCCAGCACACUGUAACUGAAGAAGAAAUAGAUGAAAUUAGAAAGCAGCUAGACGAAUUGAAGCAGAAAAGGGACUGUAUUGCUUGAUCCUUGUUUGUGUAUUUGAAGAGAAAUUAAUAUUUAAACAGAAAGAUUUGAUUCCCCCUAUUUCCACAACUCCCCAGAAUAGGCUAAUGACUAACAUGAUGUACUAUUUA